UCGGACUGAACCAUACAAACCGCAGUUAAACUCAAUAGAAGGAGGUCUCAACCCUAGAGAAAAGCAACAGCAAUAGACCAGCACCCUUAUCAUACAGUUCUUUUGACAGUGUGCACAGACUUAUUCUGCAAUAACUGACAGUAUUUGUUGGUGUUCUGAUCCAAAAUCCGCAGCUAUGGAUUUGGUGUGGCUGGUGUGUCUGGCUGUGAGCUUCGGCACCUGGUUCGCCUCCGCAGAGAGACACGGCGUCUUCUGGAAUAUCACAAACCCAAAUUUCCUAUGGGAUGAGUACACAGUGGAGGUGAAAAUCAACGACUACCUGGACAUCAUCUGUCCUCACUACACGCGUGGGGAACUGCCGUCCCAGGAGGCCGAGCGGUACGUGCUGUACAUGGUAGAGAAGGAGGACUAUGAGGUGUGUAAGCCCCACUCCUUCGACCAGCUGCGUUGGGAAUGUUCCCGGCCCUUCGCUGCCCACGCCCCCGAGAGGUUCUCCGAGAAGUUCCAGCGCUUCACCCCCUUCACCCUGGGCAAGGAGUUCAGACAGGGAGAGAGCUAUUACUAUAUCUCCAAGCCGCUGCAUCACCACGGCCAGGAGUGUCUGAGACUGAAGGUGGAUGUGGUUGGACCUCAUGGUUCUGGGAAGGCCAAGGCUGACAAAGGCAAGGAUGGAGCGAUGGAGAAAGCGUUGGAUGGAGGAAAGGAAAAGAUGGGAGGAGGAGGAGGAGGAGGAGGAGGAGGAGGAGGAGUGCACAACCCCUCCAACAGGCUUCCAGCCGAUGACCCUACUGUGUUGGAGCCGAAGGUUCAGAAGAGUGUGGGUAGUUCAGGUGUUCAGCUGGUCUCCCUGUCGGUCUUCUUCACCCUGUUCCCCAUCCUACUAUCCCUGUUACUAUGUUGAGACUGAGUUAAAGACUUAGCUACAGAGACACUGUCAACCCAAUGCUGGACAUUGGCACAGAGAAGAUUUUUAUAGAUAUUUUUAUAUUUGCAACGUGUGUGUGUGUGUGUGUGUGUGUGUGUGUGUGUGUGUGUGUGUGUGUGUGUGUGUGUGUGUGUGUGUGUGUGAUUGGAACGUGGAUCGUUCCAGAGACGAUGAUCUUCAAGAGUAUUUUCUGAAGGAUGUUUUUGUAAAUGAAAGAGGAUGGAUGCUAUUCCCCCUUUUUUUUCUCCUUUUCACUCCAUUUGAUCUGUAUGGACACUUGGAAACCCCACUGACUCUGGAACAGAUCUAACUGGAAACCUGAUGUACUAAUCGUUAUUAGAAAACUGACAAAGGGAUAACUGUUUUCAUGAUUACCCUGAAGUGAAUUUUAACAGUGAUUUACACUGUGUGUAAAAAAAACAUGAUCAGCACCUUCUUAAUAUUGAGUUGCACCCCCUUUUGCCCUCAGAAAGCCUCAAUUCGUCAGGGCAUGGACUCUACAAGGUGUCUAAAGCAUUCCACAGGGAUGCUGGUCCAUGUU